AUGAAUAGAUACAAGCUUUUUGCGCUGGCUGAUAUUGAAGCUAAACUUCAAAGCAUCGGUAGCAACUUUCGUAAAUUCACCGAAAUGCCUUCUGCAGAUGAACUGGUCAUUUUUGAAGCACAAAAUAAGCUUAUCCUUGAUGAGCUUUCUUAUGAUAUAACAGCGUUAACAACUGAGCAUGAUAAGUUAUUUUUAGGUUUAACUGAUGAGCAAAGAAAGAUUUAUCAUGAAAUCAUGGAUGCCAUCUCAGCAUUAGAUAGGAGCUUAAAGGACAUUAUGCGGUCAGUUGAUAGUGCUAAUUUGCAUAAACCUUUUGGUGGAAAAGUCAUUGUGUUUACAGUGUUUAAACUUACUCGCAACAUGAGAGUGCAAACAAGGCAUUCAACCUCUUAUAUUGAAGAAAUAAUAGAGUUUUCAGAUUUGAUACAAAGUGUAGGUGAUGGCAAUGUUGGAGAGCCGAAUGAUGGAACAUGUGUCAUUGAUAUUAGUGAUAAUCUUCGUAUUAAUGGAGGAAAAUACCCUAUUUCUACAAUUAUUCAUAGCACGUAUCCUUGCCUUACAGAUCAUCUAUGGGAAGCAAAGUACUUUCAAGAAAGAGCUAUUCUAGCUCCGACAAAUGAGAUAGUCGAGACAGUUAAUGAUCAUUUGUUGUCUACCAUCCUAGAGAGGAAAAAGAAUACUUUAGUUCAGAUGCAAUUAGCAAAGAAGAAAGGAACUUUGUGA